AACUUCAGAAGAAGAGAAACAUUGGCGAGAAAUACAUUCUCGAUAAAAUGGUCACGAAAAAGGUAGAAAGCAAGAAAUCGAAAACAAAGCACAUUGUAUAAUAGGCUUAAAAAAUUCACAGAAGUCACGUGAUGUCAUGAGUGAGAUACUGUUAAUACAAAUGAUUAUCUAAGGAAAGCAAAUAACAUUACGGAUCUAUAAGUACUUUUAGUUUCCAUAAGUAUUUGUGUUGCCAGGAUCUUUGGAUAGGAGAGAGUCUCUGGAUUUACUUCAAUCAAUAGUACCAUAAAAAAUUCAGUGAUUACAUUAUCCUGUGAAACCAAUGGAUCGUUUUAGUACACGGUCCAUACGCAUUGGACCAAAAGUGCAUAGGAAUAAAAAUAUUGGGGACAAAUGGGGACUAGAAUAUCACAAAGCUAUACAGGAUGUUGUAUUUAGCCAGCAUUGUUUCCCUUUCAUGCCAACAGAACCACCAGCAUCCUUGAGCGAAGAGAUUGUAGAAUCUGGUCCGUUAUAUGUGUGCAGACAUUGCAGAGAUUGUUUUCGUUUUCAAAGCAGUUUUGAGGAGCACAAUGCACGGCAUUGUUGGAUUUUAGGGCUUUGGUGUCGUUGUUGUUUCGAUACAAUAUGUAAUCAUCCAGUUAGGGAAGGUUAUACAAAAUGUUCUGAAUGUUUACAAAAGAAUAGUAAAAAACGUGCAUAUUUACAAUCAAGAGGUAAUAAGCAUUCACGAGUGGGAGUUAUAAAAGUAUUCUACAACCAGUGCCAAUUUAUCGAUCACAUGAAAAUGCAUCAAUUAAGCAUAGUAAAUAUGGGUGAUUUAAUGUUAAUUCCUCUACCUGUUGACAUAAGCGAUAGUGAUUGGUCUUUUGAAUUUGAGAUACUAUGCGAAGCACUUAUGGAAGUGGCAUUUUUGUUACGCACACAUAUUAUAGAUUGGUUAAAGGAGCAUAACUUGCAAGAUAAUUGGUGGAAGCUGGUUAAUGGCAAAAGUAAUGACUCUAAGAUAAAGGAAAUUGUCGAUGGUUACCAAGGUCGACAAUUAUUUAAACCCUCUUAUAAGACAAUUACCGAUAUGUUUUCGAAUUCUUCUAACGUUACAUAUAGUAUUAGAACCUCCCCACAUAUUGAAUUUAUUGAUGACGAUUCCAUAGAUAAAAAUACAAAUAAUUCUGUUGAUUUAAUGUCAGAUAAGAAUAUCAUAGAAGAUGAAGAUAAUCCAUGUAUAGUAACUGAUAUUGCUUUUGUGGAUUGCGGUCCUACUUCACAAUAUUUUGAACCGGAAAUACCAGUAAAUCAUAAGAGAAUACAACAGUUAAAAACUUAUCGCCCAGCUAAUGCUACUAAAAUGAAUAAUAAAAUAAUGGAUGAAACUUGUAAGGAUCGCAAUUCACACGAAACAAAUAUUCAUGAAAAUGUUAUAAAGAAAACUGCAGAGAACAAUCUUAGUAAACCUAGUAAUCCUAGUAAUAUAACCAAAACUGGCGUUAGCACAAUUAUGAACAAUUCAUUUAAGAUUAGUAUCCCAUUUUCUGCUAAGAAAAAUUCAAUAAUUAAGACUAAUUUAAAUCAGUCGACACAAAGUCUUCAAACAUCAAGAGCAAAUAAUAAGAUGUUAAAUGUCCAAGCUCCAAAGAAUAUUGCAAUAAUUAACCAAUUUUCAUCUCAACUUGUUUCCAACCAGAAAAUAGUUCUCAUUGGACAGGAUUCAUGUAAUGUCAUAUCUCCCAGCAAGAAUGAAUUGACUACCAAAAAAGAUUCAAGCAACUCAGUAGUAGAUAAUAGUGGUUCCAAUACAUCAAUACAGAAGAGAUCUGAUUCCAAUAUCAAGAAACAAAAAACGAAUGAAAAAAUUAUAAUAAAUAACGGACAGAAGUACGUCAUUAAACGUAUAAAAAAAGGGGGAAAUCCCCAAAGUUCUUCUAAGUCAUUACUUGUAAAAAACGCCACGAAAGUUACGAAACAAUUGACGUUUGAACGUAACAUUUCGAAGCCAAAUGUUUUAAAGCCUACUAAUUCUAACGAAGUCGAAAACGGCACACAACAAACUUCACUUCUCAACAAUAUUUCCGUUUCAACACCUUCGCCACCUCCUAAAUUAUCCAAUAAUGAAUCACACGUUAACAAAAUAUCAAUUUUGCCAAAAUUACAAAAAAUGCCUCCGUAUUUAAUUCCAGUAUCUGCUAUGCAUCCGAGAUAUAUGUCGGAAAUAAUAUCACUGGUUAAAGAAGACAAUGGAGAUCUUUAUAUGGAUGUAAAAUUAGUAGAUCGUAUUGCGAAAGAAAGCUUUCUUUCUGUGUGUGAUGUAAUAACAAAAUAUAGACGAGAAAUGUUUGCUGAAUUUUAUCAAAUGAAUAGCUUGCAAUUGAAAGAACGGCUGGAGCAUUUGCAAUAUGUUACUGAUGAAAUGAAAAAUGUUAUGAAUUUCAUAUCAGACAACGUUUUUCAAGAAAAGUUAAGAUCUGUUAAUACUAUCAAAUGCUUAUUAGAAGAAUGUCUUCAUAAAUCUAACCAGAACGUACAGGAUGAGAAAAGAAACGAUGAUAUUAUAUUAAACGAAUGGGAAAUGGAAGUAAGUCGAAAGUAUAGAUGUCUAUCAUGUAUUAAAUAUAGGAAACCUGAAUCAUACAUAGUUGGCUUUUCAAAAUUGGCUAUGAAUGAUAAUGAUUAUUGUUCUUGUUAUAAAGAAGUUUGUCAAGAGUGUCAAUCUUACCAAGGUAGUAUUUCACGGUUUGUCGCGCAUCAAAAUUUCCAUAAGAAGAAAAAACCUUUUACUUGUCCAGAGUGCGAUUCAAAGUUUAAGUCUGCUACAUCUUUAGAAGUUCACACAUGGACCGUUUGCUUUCAUACGCUGAAGAAGGUCACAUUUGGUUGUAAAAUUUGCGAAAUAGAUGGUUUUAGAGAUUUAGAAUCGAUCACCAGACAUUUUGUUAUCAUGCAUGGCGAUACAAAGAUCGGUUGCGAAGUUUGUAAUCGGGUAUUUGCCUCGUAUAAUGAAUAUGUACAACAUCGUACAAAGACACAUCCGGUGAAGACACAGCAGAAGCCAGUACGACUAGUAAUAUAUAAACUAAGUAAUGUAAUCUUACGUUGCGAGAAUUACAUGCCAUACUUGGAGAAGAAUCCUGUAAUUCGAAAAUUAGUAUGGUUUAAAUGUCCUUUUUGCCAGUUAAUAACUACAGAUAACAAACAUGUGGCGAUGUUAUUGAACACUCAUUUGCGAAACAAUCAUAUAGAACCCAUGUCAAAAGUUCUUAGUAAUAAAGCAUACGCUUUAAUUUUCGGUGCAAAAGCUGUCGUUUUAAAAACUCAAAAAUCUCUUUUGACUAAUACCAUAGUACCUAAAAUCGUGAAUACUCGAACUAUUAGUUCAGAAAUAUUCGAACGUGGCUCUCAAAAUAUGGAACAUAUAUGGCCUACAGAUAUCAAAAAAGAUGUUAACGAAAGUUCACAAGUAGUGAAGAACAUUGAUGAUAAGGAAAAAGGACAGUUAUUGCCAAAAAUAGUCAGCGUUGUAUCGAUGAAUGAUUUAAAGCCAUCCAAACCUGAGAAAGCAAUCAUGAAAAUUUUUACUGAAACAAAAACGAAGUCUAAUUCUCCGGUUUUUCAACUUAUCGUUAACAGUGACGGAAAAAUGGUCCCACAUGAAGAAACAGUAAUGGAAUCAGAUAGCAAAUCUAAUAAUAAGGAAAAGACAACAAAGACAACAGAGCUUGAUAAAGAUAACGAAUUGAUAACGAAUAUUUCACACAUCUCCGAAUUUGAGAAAAAGCCUUUAUUAAUGAACAUAGUUGAUACUCCAAAUUCGUCAAUUGUAUCGAAUGAAAAAGUUUCAAGUUCUAUAUCCGAAGCUACAGAUAAUCGUAUAAAAAUAAUUGAUAUUAAAACAAUAUGUAAAUCGGACAUCGAGCUACUCGCUAAUACAGAAAUAUGCGAUACACAGACGAAAGAUGAAAAUGCAAGUAACACGAUAUUCAUACCAAAACCUCCUCCGCUUGCCAGGAUCCCACAGCAUUUACUUAAACCUAUGGAAGUCAUCAAGUCGGAAAAUGAGUCGACUAAUGACUCAAAUUCAAGAUCGGAAUCUCUCAUCCAAAGAACUGAUAACCCAAAAAUAAAGCGUAUCGCUUUAGGAUCGCAAAAGAAAGAAGUUAUUGAUUACCUAUGCCACUUAUGCAAAGAACGGAUUAAUACUUCUCAAUUUGUAAUGGAGGCGCACUUUCGUGAAAAGCAUGCAGAUGAGUACAGAGUGGCGAUAAUCACUCCGCAAUUAUCACAGAUGUCACACGACUUUAUUAAUGGCGACUAUAAACAAUUUAUUAAUAACAGGAAACGGAAAUCGGAUAACACUUUAUCUAUAAUUAAAAGAAAACGUCGAUGGACGAAAAAACAUACCGAAAUAAAGGAUACGAACCCACCAGUAGGAUUAUGUGUUAAGCAAGAAACGGCUGAGGACGGUGAAGGUAAUUUUAUAUGUAAGAAAUGUGGUCAACAAUGCUCUGACAUGUCCAAUUUGAGAGAGCAUAUUGCUGCCGAUCAUCGAUUGAAGGGCCGUUACCUGAUAUGCUUGGAAUGUGGCGAGAACUUUGUGGUUGCACCCAGCUUGCAGAUGCAUCUUAAAGCUUUUCACGGCAUAGAAGAUCCUAUCAAUUAUAUGAAUCAAAAUCCCUCUUACGCUCCUAGCCUUGACAGUGACUUGCAAACGGAAGAAAAAACAACGGUAGCUAAUCAGUGCUACGUCUGUAUGGCAGUUUUCGAAGAUAAAGCCGCAGUAGACAAGCAUCUGAGGGUGCAUGGUAUGGCUUUCUUGAAUCGUAAGAUGAUAGAGGCGAGAAAUGCUUUGAAGAAAAAGGUCAAUAUGGAGGAGAGUAAGCAAAAUAUUAAAGCUUCAAAGGAGACUGCAAAACGAAACAAACCGGUGGAAACCAUUUUAGAAAAAAUUAAUGCGAAAAUAUAGCUACAGAAGAUGAAACGCAUAAAAGGAAGAAAAUAUGUGGAAGGGAGCAAUGCUGGAAUAUGAUGGAUUCAUUAAUCUUACUUAUAUGUUCAUUUCUGUAUAUUUGCGCACUGAACUCUUCAUUGUUAUCCCUGAAUAUUGCGUCGGUGAAUCAUUAGAUCUCUUUUUUUUUAUUACAUGUACCUUGUAAUAUAUUACUUUUUUUGUAAUACUAUUAGGUAAGCAGGUAGAAAAUGAUUUAUUAUUCGUUAGGACGUAAUUAUGCGAGCGAAACAGUAAUAGAAUUACAUAAUAGGUAAGUCUGACAAAAAGUAA